UUAGGGUUUGAUCGAAGAAGGCAUGGAAGAAGCCUUGAGGAACGCUUCAGCAAUCAGUGACCAGCGUCAGAAGAUCGAACAGUACAAACUCAUCCUCUCCUCUGUUAUCUCUUCCAACGAUCUUCUCCAAUCCAAACACUUCAUCCAUCACAUUCUAUCGGAUGAUGUGCCGUUGGUGGUUUCGAGGCAGCUUUUGCAGUCUUUCGCCCAAGAGCUCGGGAGAUUGGAAGCAGAGACGCAGAAGGAGAUUGCGCUCUUUACGCUCACCCAGAUUCAGCCAAGAGUUGUUUCAUUCGAGGAACAGGCUCUUGUUAUCAGAGAAAAACUUGCGGCUUUGUAUGAAUCAGAGCAGGAAUGGUCAAGAGCUGCUCAGAUGUUGAGUGGCAUUGAUCUCGACUCUGGAAUGAGGGCCGUUGACGAAAACUUCAAGCUGUCCAAGUGUAUCCAAAUCGCUCGUUUGUAUCUCGAGCAUUAUUCUGGUUCUCUAAUACUUUUAUGUUCGGAUGCUGUAAAUGCAGAGACUUAUAUAAAUAAAGCUUCUUUCUUAGUGAGCAGCAGUCAGAAUGAAGUUUUGAAUUUGCAAUACAAGGUUUGCUAUGCUAGAAUUUUGGACAUGAAAAGAAAGUUCUUAGAGGCGGCACUUCGGUAUUACGGCAUAUCUCAGAUUGAACAACGACACAUAGGCGAUGAAGAGAUCGAUGAGAAUGCAUUAGAGCAAGCCUUAUCUGCUGCUGUCACAUGCACCAUAUUAGCUGGAGCCGGCCCUCAACGUUCUCGUGUUCUUGCAACUUUAUAUAAAGAUGAGCGUUGCUCCAAGCUGAAGAUUUAUCCCAUCCUGCAGAAGGUGUAUCUGGAAAGGAUUUUAAGGAAACCAGAGAUUGAUGCUUUUGCAGAAGAACUAAGGCCACAUCAGAAAGCAUAUUUGCCUGACAAAUCCACUGUUCUUGACCGUGCCAUGAUUGAGCAUAACCUUUUAAGUGCAAGCAAACUGUACACUAACAUAAGGUUUGAUGAAUUGGGAACUCUGCUGGGGAUUGACCCAAUCAAGGCGGAGAAGAUAGCAUCAAAUAUGAUUUGCCAAGACAGAAUGAGAGGUUCCAUCGAUCAGGAGGAGGCUGUGAUACAUUUUGAAGAUGACAUUGAGGAACUACAACAAUGGGAUGAUCAGAUAUCGGGAGUAUGCCAAGCGCUCAACGAUAUUCUGGAUGGCAUGGCGAAGAAAGGUUUGCCUGUUCCUGUCUGAUUGGUUCCACCAAGUCGUGAGACUCAUCGUUUGACGAUUACUUAAGUAUUAGCCGAUGACCGUCUCAUACUUAGUUUUUUUGCCAUAUUGCUGUGUUUUUUGAUACUGAGAAAAAGAUUUGGCAUCGGAGGAGGAUAUUAUUAAGAAACAUUGUCAGAUUUCAUUUCAUUAAAGAGGUUAAGGGUGCAUUUUAAAAUUC